GUCGUUUUGUUUUGACUGACAGAUUUGGCAGUUUAAAGUGGCCACUAGAAGAAAACAUAUGACGUGGUCAAAACACGCACAGCUCAGACAAGUACAUACCAUUACUGACUAUUUGUCUGCUAUCUUCAGCUAAAAAGGGCCCCCAGUAUAAAACUUGCAAACUGUUGUCUUCGCGUUUCCUCAAGAUCACCUACAAUGAACACCUUCUCCUCCUUCUCCACACCUCCACCGAACACGCCGACCAUCCAUUCGGUGUGUAAGCCCUGUCUUCGGGCCCCGUGGAGGAUGAACGAUGUGGCCACACUCGACUACGAGUUGCUGCUGUCCCCGGCCAGCUCCUCCCUGCCCGGCAGUCCUGGCGGUGGCAGCAGCAGCGCUCCUCUGGCCUUGGUUGCGGUGGACACAGAACAGCGUACUGCCUUGGCUUUUGUAGGCCUCCUCAUGCUCUUCUUGGUCUUCCUGCUGGUCAGAUGCUUCAGGAUCCUGCUGGACCCAUACAGCCGCAUGCCUGCAUCAUCCUGGACUGACCACAAGGAGGGGCUGGAGAGGGGUCAGUUUGAUUAUGCACUGGUGUAG